UCGCUCCGGCCAGUCAUGGUUUUAGCUGUCAGUAGCCAAAGAAUCGACAGACAGAUACUUCACUAGCAGUGAGCACUUUCACUUCUGACAGCUAAUAGCAUGAUAGUGCCGAAUUAACUUCUUCAAGGGAAGUUCCACUUUGUGGGUGUGUGCGUAACAGCUGUGUAUAUUUCAAUAGAGUACUCUCCCUUCCGUAAUUCUUCGCUCAACGAUAUCCUCGUUGAAUGGCAAGUCCGACAGAACUGGGGCCUUGUACUGCUGUAAAUGAACGUGUUAAAAGCCUUAUCCAAGCUGCUUCAGAAGCCAAAGAGAAGGCUUACUGCCCCUACAGCAACUUCAGGGUUGGUGCAGCUCUACUGACUGAAGAUGAUUCCAUAAUCACUGGAUGCAAUGUUGAAAACUGUUCUCUUGGUGGAACCAUUUGUGCUGAGCGAACAGCAAUGGUUAAAGCGGUGUCCGAAGGAAAGAAGAGCUUCAAAGCUAUCGCUAUUGCAAGUGACGAAAAAGAUAAAAUAGCACCCUGUGGUAUUUGUCGACAAUUUAUGGUUGAGUUUGGUACCGACUGGGAUGUGUACUUAACAAGCAACGAUGGUAGCUUUGAGAAAAUGACUGUUAGUCAAUUACUUCCUGUGGCAUUUAAACCGUCACACUUGAAAUAAUUCAGUUGCAGCAUUUCAAAUGUGCAAUGGAUAUUCUUCAUCUACUUUAGUAAAUUCACCAUUAUAAUGUAUAAUAAAACAACGAUUAAUUAUUUUGUUUUAAAAUAAAGGUCUUUAAAAAAUUUUUCCUAUA